CCAAAACCUUUCAAAAUGGGAUUGUAGUGGAUGUUAUUUACUUUGAUAAUAUGCAAUUUAGAUUCAAAGUAAGAUGGUAAUGUAAAUUAUUCCACUUUCCAACACAAGCAAUGGCAAUGGAGAAUGAUAUAAACGGGGUUAGAAUCAACCCGCCUGUUGUGGAGUUUUAUGACAGCGAACCGAAUCAAACGUACCGCGUCACUGUGUCGGUGAAAAAUGUCAGCAAAACCAGCAAAACUCUCCGUUUCUACGGACCAAACUCUAAGGUUUUUAGGAUGAAGGCCAAAAAUCCGGAAAAACCGAUUGCUCCAGGACUUGAGGUGCAAGCAAUAAUAGAAUUUGACCCCACAGAAGAAAAGGAUUAUAAGGAUCGAAUGCUUCUUGCUGUAGAUGGGGAAGGUGUUGAAAUCCCAUUGGUUGGCAUACCAUCCAAGCCAAUGCUGCAACUAGAAGGACCUGUAGACUUUGGCAAUGUGGUUGCCAGCAGUAAAGUGAUAGCCAAAGAAAUAUCAUUGUUCAAUCAUGGGACCAAAUGUGGGGAAUUCAAAAUCAAGUAUGCUGGAGAGAAACCAAUUUCCAUUAUACCAAGCAGUGGGACUGUACCUCCAAGAAGUGCACAGAGCAUUAAGAUUGAAUAUGUCACCAAGCAGUCAGGUAGCUUCCAAGAAGAGGCAAAAGUCAAACUUGAGGGUCAAGAGAGCACCCAUUUGGUUAUCCAAGGCAAUGUGGUUGAGGGUGUUCUUGAGUUGGUCUCUACCACAAAUGAAGCUCCAGUGGAGUGUGUCAAGUUUGGCCCCACCUAUUAUGGCACUGACAAAACUGAGAGUGCUUUUCUUAUCAACAAUGGUCCUGAGCCUGUUAAGUUUGUGGCAGUUUUAGAUGAAGAUGCAGUGGGACAAGAAACAGGUGUAGACUUAUCUAAGAGCACAGUGGCAUCACUUGCAAGCAAUCAUGACCCAACAGAAACUCCAUGUGGUUAUAUUAACCCACUUACUUCCUUGGUGACUGCCAUUCCUACUCAAGGAAUGCUAGGACCAUAUGAGAAGAUACCCAUUUUCUUUAGGUUUAGUCCAAGGUGGAAUCCUUCCAAGCAAGGCUACAAAAGCACAAAGAAGCCACCACCUAGGAAAGACUUUGCUCUCUUCAUGAAGAUACAGAUGAUUGGAAGUAGCAAAGGGUUUCAAAAUGAAGAUGGUAAAACAGAGAGGAGCAAUGUAGAAGGUGCUGCUUUGGAGAUUGCCUUGACAGGCACUGCUUUGCCAGUGCAGCUGGUACUUAGUCCACAGACCAAAUUUGAUUUUGAAGAAUGUCCAGUGGGUGAACAUGUUGAUGCACUUUGCAAUCUCAGAAAUGAGAAUAUGAUUCUUCCUGUAACGUACCAGUUCAAGAGAAUUGCUCACUUCAGUGCCAGGCCUCCCAAUGGUAAAAUAGGGCCUGGUCAAGCACAGGAUAUCAUAUUUUCAUUCACACCAAACCAAGUUGGUACCUUUAAGCAAAAGAUGCAGUUGGAAGUGAUUGGUCAGGUGGCAGACAAUAAGAAUCCGUUUUUGGCACAUUUGGAACCAAUUCACUGUAUGCCACUUUCCAUGGUAGGAAGAAGUGAUCCAGUUACUAUCAAAAGGGAGCCAAAGUUUAACCCAGGAAUCACUCCAAAGGUUGUUGGUGAAGUUGGCCAGUUUGUGGACACCACCUUCCAAACAGCAGAAAAACACCAACAGAGGGCAGCACUGCUCAACUCAAAAGGAACAAAGCUGCACAAAAUCAAGACAAACAGAGCAUUUGAUGAUGAAACCACCUAUGUGGCUUUUCCAAAUGACCGAGCUGGAAGCAUCAGACCAACAGAAAGACACAAAGAAUACAGGACCAUUUUCACUAAAAUGGAGCGUUACAAUUUUGUGGACCCAGACUAUGCUUACACAGAUGAGGAAACUAAGGCACUGGAAUCACACAAGCAAUAUUACGUUGACUGUGUGGAGGAGAUGAGAAAAAACAGAAUCAACAGACUGAAAACAAAGGAGUUUAUUGAAACAAACAACAAGGAGGACAUAGGGAUUAAGAUUGCAGCAGGAAUAAAACCCAAGAAACUUACACAGGAGGAAAUAAGACCAGAUACUCCACCUGCUGUACCUCCAAACACCAACUGGCAGGUGCUUAGCUCCAAACAUCUUGCUCAGUCAGAAAUGAUGGUAACUCAGAAGAAAGUCAAGGAGGGACUGAAUGCAGUGCCUAUAACACCACAAGAGAAAGCAGACUGCUCCAUGUGGCUCAGUCCACAACAAUUGCAUCAAGUUGUUAUUGGUCCACCAACAAUUGACUUUGAAGAAGUCUGUCUUAGAUCUAACAACACUAAAGACUUGAAUAUUGUGAACAAUUUGGACCAAUACAUCCAUGUUGUGGUGGAGAUUGACUGCCGUGAACUGCGUCAAACCAGUCCCUUGUCACAGGUGGUGCCUCCUAUGUCUAGGGCUAAAGUGCCCAUCAUAUUUGAAUCAAACACAAGGGGGAAAUUCCAAAGAUCUGUUGACUAUACCAUAAAUGGAUUUUACAAGAAUCAUGUGAUAGUUCUGGCUGAUGUUGUGCCUGUAGCUUUACAUCUGUCUACAAAUGAGCUUCUCCUCACACCAUCCCAAGGGCUGCCUGCUGAAGCUGGUUUCCGUGGGAUCAUCACCCUGUCCAAUGUCUUAAACUACCCAGCUGAGUUCACAUGGCAGCCCAUACUGGGGGAACUGGGCACGGCUUUCUCCAUCCGUCCUGCUACAGGGACUGUGGAUGCUUUUACAGAUCUGGACUGUGAGGUGGUGUUCCAUCCAUCCUUCAUGGCUCCUGAUGAUGGAAAGUUUGCUCUACAAGUACAUGGAGGAAAUGGGCUCCAUCUCAAGUGUAAAGCAGAGUUUGGUCCUACCAAUGUGCAGUUCAUAGAGAGAAGAGUGUUAUUUGGCCAGGUCCCUCUGCAUAUGUCCACUGUGAGGAGAGCUUUACUACACAACAACAGCCAGCACCAUGCCUACUUCCAGGUCUUGGAUCCCAACCCAUUUGAAGGCAUGAUAAUCAGCCCAGCUCAUGGAGUUGUGCCUGUGGGAGGAAAUGCUGAGUUGCUGAUUGCCCUGAUGCCACAUGCUGUGAUGAAGUUUGACACCAAGAUUCAAGUGGCCAUAAGGGGCUGGAAGACGCUGGAACUCAGGAUGGGGGGAACAGUGGAGCCACCUUGCGUGGAUAUUGACAUGAGUUCUUUCAAUCUUGGAGGGGUAUAUGUGGGAUCAUCAUCUGUGACAAAUUUCAAAGUGAAAAACAAGACACACACAGAGGCCAAGGUUGAAUUUGAUUUGUCAAGAUACACUGACUUCAAGCUCAGGUUUCCUAACAAUCAAACACCAGAGGACCUGACCUUUGAACUCCUGAACCCUGGCAUGCACACUGUGACCCUGGCUGGACAGGAGGAAGUGGAAGCUGAACUUAUCUUUACACCCACAGAGGUGGCUUCAUAUGAUUUCAUCAUCCCAGUGGUUGUGAAUGCUACAGGGGCACCUUCCCCUGCACCGACACCAUUCCCUCCAACCCCAGCACCAUCUGCCAAGAAUACCAUAGAACACAUCAUCAACCCCAAACCAAUUCAUGUCACCAUAGCAACACCAAGGCGUAAAGUGGUCGCUACAGCGCUGAGGCAGCCAUUUCAGAUAUCUCACAGUAAACUGGAGUUUACUUUCCCAAAUGGGUUCACUGACCAGGCAUUGGGCUCUGGAUUAGGACAGAACAAGGGCACUCUGUUCAUAAACAACAGUGAUAAAACUCUUAAAUGGACAGUUGAUGUUUCCUGCGAUACAAACCGAAUACUUGAUAGAGGUAUAUUCAAGUUCCUGCACAGCAGUGGCAUGCCAUACCUCAACUACCAGGACAACAAUCUCAUUGAAGGAACUCUGGAACCAGGACAGACACAGUCACUGGGAGUGCUCUUCUGCCCAAAUAAAGCAGGAAAGUAUGAAAUCCAAGUCCCAAUCAUUAUAAAUGAUGAGGAGAAACCAUAUAGUUUUCUGGAGUUGUCAGGAGAGCUCAAGUCUCCCAGAGUGUGGUUUGACCCCUUGGCCCUGGUACUGACCCCUGUACCACUGACCACUGAUGUGUCAGCUGAAUUUAAAAUCUUUGCCACUGAUUACAACAGAAAAACAGUCCUGGAUGUGGAACUACCUGAGGUUGAGUGUGAAGAUGGCAGCAGGAUUUCUCCUCUCACUGUGAUAUUUAAAGAUGGACAAGAACUCCUACCAGUGAGCACAGCAGAGAAAGCAGAUGCAGAACCAUUUGAGUUGAACUGUAAAGUGGUCUUCUCAAGUCCAAAGCCCAUUUCAUUUACUGCAGACCUAAAGUUUGUUGACUCUGAAGGAAAUAGCUUUGGCCUUCCAGUGACAGCUACAGCAGACAACAGUCUGUUUACAGCUUACCCCUUCCUAGCAUCUCACAGGUCUGACCACCUGAUUGUCUGUGAACAGGGAAGGCAUAUGCUUCUGCCACGUAAACGUUUGAUGAAGGGCACUAUACUUAAAGGUCAGAAAACUGAGUCUAAGGAGAGCUUGAAUGUAGGAGAGGCAGUGUUUGUGCCAGUCAGCACUCCCCACACUGCCAGCAGACCCAGCACUAGUGCCACUAGCUCCAACUUUGAGGUGUCCUCUUCCAGUUAUGAGGAUUCUACACAGUCACUAACAGAAACCAACGAAGGUGCCAGUUCCCCAAGAGAGGGCGCUAUGGUCAAGUUGGCAUCAGACUCCAGUCGCCAUAGCAAAGGACGUGGCAUUGCUUCCAGGUCUCUAGGAUCAGCCAUGUUCCCUGAUGAAGAUACUGAGGAAGGAUUAUUUUACUCUGAAGUAUUGUUAGCUGUACAGAGAUGGUUCUCAUCACAGGGAUGGCCUGGGGGACCAUAUCCUAUUGUCAUUCCAUACUCUUUGAGAGCUGGUGUUGCCAAGAACCAGAAAGACACUGGUGGUAACAGGAAAGGUGCUGGUAGUUGGGAUGCACAGAACCUGAGGAAGGAAAUCAAGACAAUCUAUGACAUGAUAGGACACCUGGCUGGGCGUCCUGUCCCUGGUAUUCCCAUCAAUGCCCCUCUGCCCUCUGACCCCACAGAGAGAGCACUGCAAGUACACUGGCAGCAUUCAACACUCCUCACAUUCCUCAAGAGCCAGGGCGCUAGUGUAGCCUCAAUCAAGCCUGAGUACCUGAUGACCCCUGGGGACUACAAGCACUGGAUCCAAGUACAGAAACAGAUGAAAGCUCAGGAGAUGUCUGGACAGGAUGAAGACCAGAUAAAUUCAGGUCCCAGGACAGAAAAUGAAGAAAUGCUGGAGGACCAGCUGUUUGAAGCUGUGUCCAAGAGAGCUUGGACUGAUUUGAUGCUGCAACUGCUCAAGACCCUUGUACUGUCACGGAUCACCCCACGUCAGUUCCGCACCAUGCAGGCACCAGACAAGCACCAUGCCUUGCCGACUGUGAACCCAGACCCUCUAUCCAGCAAUGUGUACUGUGUGGGAGAGAGGAUUGUACUGGCAUGGUUGAACCACUGCUAUGAGCAGUAUAGGCACCAUAUCUGGGAUGGUUCACCAAAAGGUGGAGUUCCACCAUCUAGAUGGAUUGUCAACUUUGACUUUGACUUGCUAGAUGGCCUUGUCCUUGGAGCAUGUCUGGGAGCAUAUGUACCCUUUUUGAUCAAGACCCACCUGCAAGGGAUGUACAGCUGUCCUACUACAGCAGAACAGUGUCUACACAAUGCUCUCAAAGUGGUCAAUGCCAUCAAGUACAUUGGACUGGACUAUGACAUACAAGCCAUUGAUAUCACAGAUCCCAAUCCUAUCAAUUUGUUGCUGCUGUGUAUACAUUUGUACCAGAAGCUGCCUCACUAUCUGCCAAAGAGCAGCAUUGAAUUCACUGGAAGUCUGCACUCCACAGUCAUGAGACAGAUCCGGUUGAGCAACCCCAGUGCCAAGCCUCUGACAUACCAGUGCUUAAUGGCUGGGAGGGAUGCCAGAGACUUCAACAUUCCCAAGGGAGAUGUGGUCACCAUUCCACCCAAGAGUAACCUAAGCUUGGCCAUCAACUUCACCAGCCGCUUUUUAAGACCCACAGAAGCUAUGUUGGUACUGGUGGGGAGGAGAGCAGGGUCAUCUGUUGGUUCCACACUGGUCUUCAACUUACAGACACAGGUCAACAAUAUUUCACCAAAGUCGACUUUGAAGUGCUCUUCCAACUGCUACGAGCUACAUAAGAUCACCUUAAAAGUCACCAACCCAUUUAAUGAAGCAGGAGAAUUCAGAGUUGUCCUAGUUGAAGCUAAGGGAGACAUCCUAGGCCAGGACAAACACAGGGAGCUGAUGAAACCAAAAAAGAAGAAGGUCAAGAAAAUCAAGUCCAGGACAGAUCAUGGGCAGACUCGUCCAGAGACUCCGCCUACGCCAGAAGAAGAGGAGCCAGAGCCAGUACCUGUGAAAGAAGAGACAAAGGAAAAUGUGGAUCCAGUCACUAUGAUGAGUGCCUACUACUCUCCAUAUCCCACUAUCUUCUUGGGUUCUAAAAGCACAGGAGAAGUGGAGCUGCAUUUCCUCCCCUUCCACACUGGAGUACGGCAGUGCUCUGUCAUCUUUAUCAAUGAGAACAUUGGAGAGUUUUUAUACUCUGUUGAGGCUGAGGCAGAGCUACCAUUACCUUCUUCAUUGCCAUUCAAGCCAUCUCUUCACAGUGUGCGCAUAAGUAGUGCAGCUGCAGCAGGCCGAGGACGUGGUAUGUUUGGUGGUGAUGAUGAUGUGAUCUACUGGAAGUGUGAAGCCAACCAAUCUCUCACUGAAACAAUCUCUGUACCAGUCACUAAUGCUGCUAGAGAAAAGGCACUGGUCAUUGCUGGACAACAGCACAUGUCGGAGCUUGAGAUUCAGAGAAGAAAGACUACUGGUACACUGGCCACUGGUACAGUGACAGCACGGGCAUUUGACCUUCUGUCCACCUCUGGGGUACCUGCUGUCAGACACCCUCCGCCACAAAGUCCUGAAGGUACAGUAUUCACAGUGGAGAUAGACUCCCCUUACUUUGCUGCUCCAGCCACACUAACCCUGCCAAACCCAUUGUAUCGUAAAGCAAGGACAGCCAUGGAUGACCCUACCAAGGCACCUCGCAACACAGGCAGGUCACCAGCAGGUUUACAUGGAAAGACUGGGGUUGUCCUGGAUGAAGGCAGCGUGGAGCUCCCUAUUACCUUUGCUCCCUCCUCCCCUGGUCACUACCCAUGCCGUGUGGUCCUCAAGUCUCAGGAUGAUAUCAGAGUGUAUAGAAUAGAAUGCACAGUGAACCCAGAGGGCAGCAAUGCAGAGCUAGAGUUCACAGCACCAGUGCACCAGUCCAUUAUGCAGGACAUUCCUAUCAUCAACCAGACCCAUCAUGACUGGCCCCUAGAGGCCAAUAUAGAUGGGAUGGGGUUCUGUGGGCCACCCACACUGCUGGCCAAGGCCUGCCAGACCUCAUAUUACCCACUCAUGUUCAGACCACAAUAUGAAUCAGAGGUGGAGGGUCUGCUGAUAUUGAAGAACAAGUCAGAUGGCACAGAGCAUUCAUUCCACCUCAGGGGCCAUGCUAAGAAACCUCUGCCACUGGACCAUGUGGUCAUCCAGGGAGAGGUGAAGCAGACAACUGAAAAAACAGUCCAAGUUCCCAAUGUUACUCGAAAGAAGCUCACAUACAGGGUUCAAACUGACCUUCCAUUUGUAAGUGGUGGUCAAGCCUUGACCAUCUUGCCUGGCCAGACUGGUAACUACAAUAUCAGUGUAUGUCCACUCAAGAGAGGGAGAUUCAAGGGUGUCCUGGCUUUUGUAGCUGGAAGAAAUCCAAUCACUGAAGUGGACAGUGAUGGUGAUGAAGAGCCUGGGUCUGAGGCAGAAAAUGAGGAGUACCAUGGUUACACAGUCUGGUAUUCUGUGGACAUGCAUGUCAAACCUGCUGCACCUGAGAAGACACUGGAGCUGGGAUGUGCAUGUCAGAAAUCAUCAAUACUGGAGGUGGGAGUGAGGAACCCCACAGACAAGGAGAUCAACCUUGAUGUGACCAUAGAGGGUCCAGGCCUGUCUGGAGCAGGAGAACUACUGCUGCAACCAGGGGAGAAGAGGCUGUAUGAGCUCCAAUACUCUCCAGCUAUUAUUGGAAAGUAUCAGGGCAGCUUGAUCUUCUACAAUGAAGUGGUUGGUGAGUUCUGGUAUGAUCUGUGUCUGACUGCAGAGAGCCCCAGACCUACCACUUUGCCUCACAUGGAGUGUGAAUUGGGAAGGUGGACCAAACAAACCAUAACUCUAAACAACCCAACAGAUGAAAUACUGGAGUUAAUUCCAACCAUCUCUAACACCAACAACUUCACAUUAGAGAGGGACAACGAGAGACCUAUUUCUUUGAGACCACACACCCAAAUCAAGAUACCACUACAUUUCAUGCCUUCCAACUUGGGACAGGCAGAUCACAAUGCUAAGAUUACUUUCCACAGUGAACAGCUUGGAGAGUGGGUGUACAUAGCCUCUGGUACUGGCUUGCUCCCCCAGCCUCAGGACCCUGUAUGUGUCUACACACCAGCUGGCUCCAACUCUACACUGAUCAUCCCAUUCAGAAACCCACUGGACCAUGCUGUCAUGGUUGAUGUUACUUUGACUGAUAAAGACCAGCAGAUGGAAUUAUAUGACCAGAGCAGAGAUAUGGAGGAGCUGGAUUCACCAUUCUGUUUGCUGCUGAAGAACAAGAGUGGCAUCCGUGUGGGGCCCAAAUCCACCCUGGACAUUCCUGUGUCAUUUGCCCCAGAAGAGAUGAAGAUGUAUGAAGCUCUGUGUGUGGCUGUUAUCAGAAAGGAAGAUGGCUCCAGCUGGCAUUACAAUGUGCCUGAGAGUUAUAAAGGCAUCCCACUGAACAGAACCACAAGUAGUGGUAUCCGUUCUAUCCGCUGGAUAUAUCCUGUGAAUGGCAUCCCAGAGUCUCACCCCAUGGACUCCCAGGCUACAGUGGUGGAGUGCCAGGCCAGGGGGAGAAUAGAAGAGAGAUUAGAGGUGACACUGUCUGGUGUGGCACCUAGCUCAGCUGGGCCACAGAGAGGGAUUAGGGCUAGAGCUAUCACACCUAAGGGGAAGGAGCCUCAAAUACCUGAGGGAAUUGUGGUUGGAGAAGGACUCCAACCAGUGGAAGAAUUUACUUAUGAAAUCCAGUAUGAUGAUGCAGAUGACAAGGACAAUCUGAAACACUCUGUGGCCCUGAACAUGAUCAGACAAUACAGAGACAAAACAUCUGGCCUGGUAGUGCUAGUGUUUAAUAUUGUGUUUGCACCAUAUAAACAGAUGAUGCAUGAUGUAAAAUUGAUGGUGAAGAGUGUCACAGGUGGUGUGUGGAAGUUUCCUGUUCGUUUCAUUGCCACAGAGCCCCAGCCAGAUGAUGUGAUAGAAAUUGAGGCUUUAGGGCUGAACAAGGAGUCUAAUGUUGGAUUCCGUCUGACAAGUCAAACAACGCACCCAACACCAUACAAUGCAUACUUCUUGGCUGGCAGUGAUGCAGAAUUCAAAGUCUAUCCACAGAGUGGAGAGCUGCUGCCAGUGGGAAGUAAUGGCACUUUGAUAUCUGUCAGUUUCACUCCUGGACUGUAUGGAAAGCUGUAUCAAGCUAAGCUGGUAGUUCAGACCCCAGACAUGCAGUGGACCUACAGUGUCCGUGGUGUACUGCCUGAGUACACACCCCCUAGGGGAGCCUCCUCCAGACCCAUAGCAGGGCCACACCCAGACCCCAGGAGACGGGGGGAGAGAAUGAACUAUGUUAGAGAAAACCUCAAGCUUACCACCACUGCAGUGUCAUCACCAGUGAAGGGAGCUCCAAUUUUACCAAAAUCCAAGUACAUGUAAAUGAGGAACACUCAAAAACUUUUGCUUGGAGUAAAAUUGUGGACAUGAAUGAAGGAUCAGUCAAAUGGCAACCAUUCUUCAGACUGUCAAGCACUGCAUGGAAACCUGUGAUAUCAGAAUGUUGAUUGCCACCUUUGAGCCAAAAUCGAGUUGUUUUUUUUUUUGUAUAUAUAACCUGUAUAUUUUUCAUAAUGUUUUGUAGUGUUAACCUGAUUAACUUUUAAUACCGUCCCUUUAUUGUUGUCCUAAAGCAAUACCUUUUAAUAUCUUUACAGUUGUUACAUCAAAUCAUUCAGUGACAUCCGUCUUCACCUUCAAGUUGUUCAUAUAGCUUUUAUAUAUGGUAUGAAGUAAAAUGUUGUGAUUAAA